AUGGCGCUCCGGGGAUCCCCGCGCGCCCCGAAGGGCCCCGGCCCCACCGCCCGAGCCCCGAGCCCAGGGGCGCCGCCGCCGCCGCCGCGCUCGCGGCCGCUCCUGCUGCUGCUGCUGCUGCUGGCCGCCUGCGGGGCGGCGGGGCGCUCCCCGGAGCCCGGGCGCCUGGGUCCCCGCGCCCGGCUGACCCGGGCGCCGCCGAACCCGCCUGCGGAGCGCGCGCUGCCCGGCGGGGGCGAGGAUCGGCAGGCGCGCGACGAGGAGCCCGGUACCCCGGGUCCCGGUCAGGCUCCGGGUCCCGGCGAGGACGGCGCCCCCGCCGCGGGCCAGGGGCGCUGGGCGCGGGCAGCGCCGAUGGCCGGAGCCGCUUCGCGGGCGCAAGUCUCGCUCAUCAGCACAUCGUUCGUGCUCAAGGGGGACGCGACGCACAAUCAGGCGAUGGUGCACUGGACGGGCGAGAACAGCAGUGUGAUCUUGAUCCUGACCAAGUAUUACCACGCAGACAUGGGGAAGGUUCUGGAAAGUUCUCUGUGGCGGUCGUCGGACUUCGGGACUUCCUACACCAAGCUCACCCUCCAGCCUGGCGUCACCACCGUCAUCGACAACUUCUACAUCUGCCCGACUAACAAGAGGAAGAUCAUUCUCGUGAGCUCCUCGCUCAGCGACCGGGACCAGAGCCUGUUCCUCAGCGCGGACGAGGGCGCCACCUUCCAGAAACAGGUCGUCCCCUUCUCCGUGGAGACGCUCAUCUUCCACCCCCGGGAGGAGGACAAGUUGCUGGCCUACACCAAGGAGGGCAAGCUCUACGUGUCGUCUGACCUGGGGAGGAAGUGGACCCUUCUGCAGGAGCGAGUGACCAAAGACCACGUGUUCUGGGCUGUGUCUGGGGUGGACGCUGACCCUGACUUGGUCCACCUGGAGGCCCAGGACCUCGGAGGAGGCUUUCGCUAUGUCACCUGCCGGGUCCACAACUGCUCCGAUAACACGCGGACGACGCCCUUCGCGGGGCCCAUCGACCGCGGCUCUCUGACCGUGCAAGACGACUACGUCUUCGUUAAGGCAACCACAACAAACCAGACCAAAUACUACAUCUCUUACCGCCGCAAUGAAUUUGUCCGGAUGAAGCUGCCGAAGUAUGCGUUGCCCAAGGAUCUGCAGGUCAUCAGCACGGACGAGAGCCAGGUGUUCGUGGCCGUGCAGGAGUGGUACCAGACCGAUACCUACAACCUGUACCAGUCGGACACGCGCGGCGUGCGCUACUCACUGGUGCUGGAAGACGUGCGCAGCUCGCGGCAGGCGGAGGAGAACGUGGUCAUCGACAUCCUGGAGGUCCGCGGGGUGAAAGGAGUCUUCCUGGCAAACCAGAAGGUCAACGGGAAGGUGGUGACACUCAUCACCUACAACAAGGGCCGCGACUGGGAUUACCUGAGGCCUCCCAGCACGGACAUGAAUGGGAAACCAACCAACUGCAAGCCUCCGGACUGCCACCUGCACCUGCACCUGCGCUGGGCAGACAACCCCUACGUGUCGGGCACCGUGCACACCAGGGACAGCGCCCCCGGCCUGGUCAUGGGUGCAGGUAACCUGGGCUCCCAGCUGGUGGAAUAUAAAGAGGAAAUGUACAUCACGUCGGACUGCGGCCACACCUGGCGGCAGGUGUUCGAGGAGGAGCAUCACAUCCUCUACCUGGACCACGGAGGCGUGAUCGUGGCCAUCAAGGACACCUCCAUCCCCCUGAAGAUCCUCAAGUUCAGCGUGGACGAGGGCCUCACCUGGAGCACGCACAACUUCACCAGCACCUCCGUGUUUGUGGAUGGGCUGCUGAGCGAGCCAGGGGACGAGACGCUGGUCAUGACCGUCUUCGGCCACAUCAGCUUCCGCUCGGACUGGGAGCUGGUCAAGGUGGACUUCCGGCCCUGGUUCUCCAGGCGGUGCGGCGAGGGUGACUACGGCUCCUGGGACCUCACCGACCUGCAGGGUGACCGCUGUGUCAUGGGCCAGCAGAGGAGCUUCCGCAGGAGGAAGCCCGCGUCCUGGUGCGUCACGGGCCGCAGCUUCACGGCGGCGCUCACGGCCCGCGUGUGCCCCUGCCGGGCCUCGGACUUCCUCUGUGACUAUGGAUUUGAGCGCGCCCCCUCCUCGGAGUCUGAUGCCAACAAGUGCUUUGCCAACUUCUGGUUUAACCCCCUGACACCCCCUGACGACUGUGUCCUGGGCCAGACCUAUACCAGCAGUCUCGGGUACCGGAAGCUGGUGUCCAACGUGUGCGAGGGCGGCGUGGACCCGCGGCAGCGCCCGGCGCGGCUGCAGUGCCCGCUCCUGCCGCCGCGGGGCCUGCAGGUCAGCAUCCGCGGCGAGGCGGUGGCCGUGCGGCCCGGGGAGGACGUCCUGUUCGUGGUGCGGCAGGAGCAGGGUGAUGUCCUGACCACCAAGUACCAGGUGGACCUGGGGGAUGGCUUCAAGGCCAUGUACGUGAACCUCACGCUGACCGGCGAGCCCAUCAGGCACCGCUACGAGAGCCCCGGCGUCUACCGCGUGUCCGUCAGGGCAGAGAACGUGGCGGGGCACGACGAGGCAGUGCUGUUUGUCCAGGUCACCGCCCCCCUGCAGGCCCUCUACCUGGAAGUGGUUCCUGUCAUCGGCAUCAACCAGGAGGUGAACCUCACGGCUGUGCUGCUGCCCCUGAACCCCAACCUCACUGUCUUCUACUGGUGGAUCGGCCACAGCCUGCAGCCCCGCCUGUCCCUGGAGAACUCUGUGACGACGCGGUUUGGGGACCCGGGGGACGUGCGGGUGACGGUACAGGCUGCCUGCGGGACCUCCGUGCUGCAGGACUCCAAGGUGGUCCGCGUGCUGGAUCAAUUUCAGGUCGUGCCUCUGCAGUUUUCCAAGGACCUGGAUGCUCACAACCCCAACACCCCCGAGUGGAGGGAAGACGUCGGCCUCGUGGUGUCCCGGCUCCUCUCCAAGGAGACCAGCAUCCCUGAGGAGCUGAUGGUGACGGUGGUGAAGCCGGGGCUGCCCACCUUGGCCGACUUGCACGUGCUCCUGCCCCCUCCCAGGCCUACGAGGAAGAGAAGCCUCGCCAGCGACAAGAGGCUCACGGCCAUCCAGCAGGUGCUGAACGCACAGAAGAUCAGCUUCCUCCUGCGUGGCGGGGUCCAGGUCGUGGUGGCCGUGAGGGACGUGGACACGGAUUCCCCGAGCCUGGGAAGUGGAGGCGGCUACUGGGCGGUGGCGAUCCUCUUCGUCAGCGGGCUCUUCGCGGUCGGGGCCUUCAUCCUGUACAAGUUCAAAAGGAAACGCCCUGGCAGGACCGUGUAUGCCCAGAUGCACAACGAGAAGGAGCAGGAAAUGACGAGCCCCGUGAGCCACAGCCAGGGUGUGCGGAGCGCCACCCAGGGGGAGGAGUUCAUAGAGGAUGAGCUCCACCCACAGACUCUAGCGGCCCCUGCCCGGGGGGGACAGAGCCCCGCCUACCUCCCCCUGCUGCCGAUGCCGGGGCCGACCCCCCUGCAGGGAACCACUCGGGCGUGGUCCUGA